CUUGAAUAAGUUCAAGUGGAAUACCCAAAUUGCAUUUCUGAUGACUCUUCUAUUGACGUGACGUCACAGACUAUCACCCGAUCUGGUUUCUUUCUCGGAUCGACUCACCAAUCCUUUCCCCGCCGAUCCUUUCCCCACCAACCCUUUCCCCACCAACAAACUACUACGUUUAUCGUCCUACCUAGAGUAUCGAAUGGUCUGGGUCGAUAUCUCGCGAAUUCAUCCUGAACAGAACUUUAGCUUGCUACAUUUCCCUCAGCCCAAAUCACACAUCUCUUUCGAGACUUAUACGUUGGCCAGAUCGGCGGACAGACGCGACUUCCCCAAAAACAUUUCAACACCUACAACCGCUAGCCCCGAGUGCCUUCUUUCUUGAUUUCUUCCUCCCCAGACGACCCUUUUUGAACGCCUGAUGAACCCGGCGCUAUGGAGUCGCCACGAACAAUCAAUUCACCAAGCGAAGCCCAGACGCUCUUAGCCCGAUAUCUCCAUUUCGAAAUUAGCACGGACCUAUUGAUACGGAUCCCCGAACAGCUGCUUUAUGCCCCACCAGUGAAGCAAGUCCUCAAAGCGGCGAAAGCCCGGAAACGUCUUUUUUCCUACGAUCGGGAGACGAACUUGCUGAGAAUACGUGGAAUGUCAAGACCAGUACAUGAUGCAGCCGGGUUGCUCGCAAGCGAAUUCCUCACAAGCGCGGUUUCUGUUGGAUUCAUCCCUCCGGAGUUGAGAAAACGGGUGCUUCUCAGUACAGAUGGCCAUAUAAUGACCCGCACACGUGAUCCUGGAUCCGGAUCUAAAAAGCUGCAAGGAUGGACAAAGUACCCAGACACAUCCAUAGCCUUCCGCGCGGACCAACUGCUGCCAAUGGUCGUGUUCGAGACUGGAUUUGCGGAACGUUAUGAGGAUCUACGGAAUGACGCUUCUCAGUGGUUGCUGAGGUCUGGUGGCAAAGUUCGUUUGGUGGUCCUCUUCAAGAUUGAUGAGGAUCAGCGCGUUCUACAGUCAUCUCAAAAAUCGCACGACACCCGAAGGCGGCUGCGAAAACUUGUGCGUGACUAUGGAAAUGACUUUGUGAAAACAAAAUAUGGGAUCGAGUCUCAUGAUGAUAAUGGCGCCGAUAUAUCGGAUGCUGAGCUUUACGACAAUAUCCGUGUGCAUAUUGAAUUGUCAGAUUGGAUGGGCCCUAUAACAGCGCGGCUAGAGUUAUGGGAGCUUCAAGACGGCACCCCUGCAAUAAGAGAAUCUGCUGUUGUUUUGCCCGCACCGCGCACACCAGUGAAUCCAAAGAUCAAGAUCACAGAUAUCAUCCCAGCCGCCUCCCAGACAGAGCACACUAUUGACCCUCACCAAGUUCAUGAGUUGGACCUGGAUUUCUACAGGGAACUAUUGUUGGAGGGUGUGAGGUCUCAGGCAUUUUGCCGAGCAAUACAACAUCUCCGUGAAGAUCCCGAACCUAUCGAUAGCGACUAUAUUCCCAAGCUGGGGUAAACCAACCUUCAUUUUUAGCCUUAUUGUAUUAGUUACUAGCCUGUAGGCCUCACCUUAAAUCCAGG